UUGCGUCCGGAAGCCGGCCGGGAUACACUUAUGAAAAAAUUGCUCAUUCGGUUGUGCGGUGUGUGAUAUAAAUAUUGCAAAUAGUAAGCAUGAUGUCAGCGUUAAGCCAUCAGGUGAAUAUGAACAACUUCUUAUCGCUGCUGGUAGGCGCCUCCCUAGUUGCGGCCAAUUCAUCUCCGAGCCACGAUAUAGCAUCUCUGUCACAGCCGACAGAGUUCAGCAAUGGCGUGUCGUCCUUUGCCUUGCCGGCAGAGGAGCGCAUGGCUAUCGAGAGUUUCACGAUGGCUGUGCUCAACUACAGCUACAUAGGGUCCGAUGGCCACCUGGUGGAGCUUGGUGGUAACGAAAGCGCGAAAUACGGUGAAGGGAGAAUUCUGCAUCGAAGCGGUAUUUUGGUUCAUGUUAGUAGCAGUGUCAAUCGCUCAGACCACACCGGGUGUUACAAGCACUGGAGCGGCACACUGGGCGAACCCAUCCCGGACCGCAAUACACCCUGGAUUGCGCUUGUACGACGCGGUGGUUGCAAUUUUGAAGACAAAGUCAAACAUGGCUACGAACACGGUGCAGGGGGCGUCAUUAUCUACAACGACAAAGACGAUACCAGGCUAGAUAAAAUGAAGAUCAACGAUAAAGAGCGAAAUAUUACUGCAGUCUUCACCUCCAAAGGAGUCGGGCUUCUGCUGGUCGAUCUGUUAGAAACACAGAAAUAUGAAGUGCAGAUGCAGAUCAUCGAGGGAUCUCGUCAGUUUCGCACCAUAGGAAACAUAAAUCGAACUUCGGUCCUGUUUGUGUCAAUUUCGUUUAUUGUGCUGAUGAUCAUUUCUCUGGUGUGGUUGGUAUUCUACUACGUUCAGCGGUUCAGAUAUCUGCAAACCAAAGACAAACAAUCGAAACGACUCUGCAGCGUAGCAAAACGUAUAAUAGCCAAAAUUCCAACCAAAAGUAUUAAGUCAGAUGACAAGGAAAUUGAUAAUGAUUGCUGUGCCAUCUGCAUCGAACCGUAUAAAGUAACUGAUGUCAUACGUGUUCUUCCCUGCAAGCACGAGUUCCAUAAGGUCUGCAUAGAUCCUUGGCUACUUGAGCACCGUACCUGCCCAAUGUGCAAAAUGGACAUUCUCAAGCAUUACGGCUUUGUGUUUACGGGUAGUCAAGAAAGCAUUCUUCAGUUAGACAUGGACAUGGAAGAAGGAGAUCUGAUUGACGACAGAAGCAGCACUGAUGGAGGGUAUCAAAGACGGAACAGCGUCAGCCCUUUGCCACAGAUAAGAGCUUCUAAUGAAAAUCAGAUGUCACGCAGCUCUUCCGAUUCGGAAACGGAACAGGAGCAUGAAGACUGUGUUAAUCCGCAAUCGUCAGGUAGGCGUUCGGCGCAAGGACGCAGCAAGCGCGAUAGUCAACGACAGCAGCAUGAAAAAUCACAACAAGACGGUGACAUUUGUGUCGGAUGUCUCGCUGCGGCCUUGAACAAGAAGCAGAAGAACAACGAAAAUACAACUGUGCAAGAAGAUGGAGACAGUGAUUCUUAUGGCACUGAAAUAAACGGAUCAAAAAGCCUUCCAGCAACGUUAAAGAAAUACAAGGGAAACCAUUCGACUGGAUCGUGUCGUGGAAUGAAUCCACCGGACCAUUAUCACCCGUAUCCGUACAACGACAACCGCAGCGGUCGAGUUUACCAAAACCAUCAGCCAACAAAUGCUGCUCCUGAAGAUACUAGUGUGCAGCAAUCGAACUCAAACCUUCCAUUUAAAUUUUACAAAACUGAAUGCGGCCAGCCACGUAAAGUACGAACGCCGCUUCGCAACUUAAUUCCUCAAUCGAUUUCAGCACCCUGUGAUACUGACAGCUCAUUGCGCGUAUGCAUCCAUGGCGGCCUUGAGCAAAUUUUUACCGAAGCUACCACUUCCAAGGCUAAUACAGAGUUGGCUGGAGAACCGGCAGAGGUGCGCAUUAUGCAACAUCCGAUCGAUGCUAAGCGACGUUGCUCACUGUCACGCAAUUCCUCAUGCUCGUCGACUGAUCGGAAGGAUGUGGUAACGUGCGAGGAUCUGAAAAUUGCCAUUGAUUACUCCAACGAAGAGGAUGUGUCGGACGAGACGGAGCCAAACAGUGAUAACGAUCUGAUCAUCAGGCGAUCGGAACGGGGCGACGAAAAGGAGACGCGGAAAAAGUGAUUAAAUCGAUGGUAUCGGUACCGAAGAUCGUCAGGUAAUUUAUGGCACGAUGAUAGAUAAUGAUCGCUUUCCUACUUCCACCCAAGUAAUAUGGUUGAUGAUGAAUCGAAAUACGUUAUGUGAUAGAGUGAGACUGUACAGACGUAGACAUAUGUAAGUCAGUUUCGGUGAGGAGACGAUAGCGA